AUGGCUGACAAAUACGAGAAUAUUGUCGGGGACCUUUUCGAGAUGAUUUACGAUCCCAGGAACAGAGACUGGGAAAGAAUCUUCGCUCAAGGGAUUGGGCAAGCAGUUGACACAGCCAGAAAUGACCUUCUCGAAGCCCAGAUCUACCGAGGAGCCUCAGAUGGCGAGACCGUGGCAUCCUUUCUCGAUUUCUGCAACCGAUAUGAUGUUCCUGAUGAUCUAGUCGCAAAGUUCAACGAUGGCAUCUUUAUGCACUUAUUUCUCUUGCUGAAUAAUUAUCAUCGUGUUCACGCUUCUGUCAGCGGAAAGGUGGUCAUCCGCUACAUAAUUCCAGGGGAUUUCUACCUGCAGGUGACCGCGGAUGAAAAGCAACAGGUGCUGCUACCUCCGCCACGACGAAUAAUGACAAAGCCAAAUCAGGCUGCUUCGGGCGACCGCGAUGUUGAAGCACAGGAUUGCCCAGGAUAUCAGUGGAAUCAAGUCUGUGGGAUGUGGGUCUUUGAUACGACGGGUUCCAAGGAUAUUGACAUAGGACAUGUGGUACUAUUCACUGUUGAUAUGGCGCAAAUUUCCUCCGUCUACUGGAAUUACGAAGAAGCCAAAGGUCAGGAGGGUACUGAUGUUGAGAAAGGAGAUGAGCUGGGCCUUCUCCAAUACGGCGGAUCGGAUUAUAUCCUAUUGUUUGAAAAGAACAAGGUUUACUUUGAUGAGGAAGAAGGUAGUGAAUGCCUAAACCAGGGGUUUUGUACCUACAGGGGGAAGCUCUUGUCCGCAAGAUUUAAUUGUGGAGGAUUGUUCUCCCCAGUGUUUUCCAAGUGA